AUUCAAACUCAAACCCAGUUGAAAGCAGUUCGAAGCUGAUGCUUGUGUCUUGAUUGUUAUUCAACGAUAAAUUGUUCUUAUAUUAUCUCAUCUGAAAUGCCGAAUUUCACAAAAUGGCAUUUUGGACUACUCGUUAUCUUCUGCGUAUCGCUUGGCCACGCCCUGGAGUGUUACGUUUGCACAGAUCAGGAGGGCAAUGUAGACAAAUGCUUAAAUACCAUUAAAACCUGCGAAUCAUACCAAGACGCCUGCCAAACGGUGAUUAAAUGGGGCAGUCUACCGUACUGGUCCCAGGGUGCUAUGAAACAAUUUUAUGUUUCUAAACGAUGUGCUGUUAAGAAUGAAUGUGAAAAAUUACAACGUAAUAAUAUGCCUGAUUGUACAUACAUCUGGUACGAAGAUUGGAAAUGUUCUUCUUGCUGUCAAGGCGACAGAUGCAAUUAUUUCGUUAUUUCUGCUGGAUACAAAAUAAAAUUGCACAAUGGAAUAUUUGCUAUAAUGGUUAUGAUUUCGUUGCUGGGUGCAUCAAGGUUUCAAUGAUAAUAAUACUGCCAAGACAAGUAAUAAAAAAGUAAUAUAGUUAGUUGACGUUCUAGUCAACUCGCAAAUAAUGAAUCUCGAUACACUGCAAACUGAACAACAAAUUUUUUUUUAUACAAUAACAAUGAUUAUUGCACGUUAUAGACACAAGAUAGUUACAUUUUUCUAACAUAUCUAAAUGUAUUGUGUUUAAUCUAAUCUUUUAUAUUGUACAGUCACAUCUCAGAAUGUGAUAUAUAUUGUGGCCUUAGUGGUAAUAGUGGCCUUAUGAUGAUUAUACAAGUAUUUACAUCCAUUUUAUGAUGUUAAACAUGCAAACAUAUAUACUUAAAAUUGUCAUUAAUUAUUUGACAAAUGUUGCGUGUUCAAAUUGAUAUGCGAUUAUUGCUUUAUUAUGUAGCAUUUAAUCCGUCCAUUUAGACUAAUAUUCUACUUGUUACAAUACAUAGUAUAUAUGUAAUACGUAC